UCUAAUAUUAUGUUUUGUAAACAAGCAAUCGCAACGGUCAUUUUGACUACUUUGUUAAUACGAUUUGUUGGUUGAAUUUGUUGUUAGUUUAUGUGUUACACUAGUGUUUGUUAAAAAUGUCGCAUAAAAAAGACCGAAUGAAAACAUCAAAAUUAAGUUCAACAGUAUUAGAUUACUAUUAUAAAUAUGGACAAAAUCGUGAUCUGGAAAAAUAUUUACGCAUGAGACGAAGCACUAGUAAAUCGUCCAGUGACAGUAGCAGUUUGAAAAACUACGAAAGUGGUAGUUAUUCAUAUGAUAGCAAAAGAAAUGCAAAAUCAUUGGAAAAAUUAAAUUCAAGCGAUUGCAAAUCGAAAUCAAAAGAUGAUUCAGCAAGACGUGCUACAAAAUCACAAGAAAAUGUGUGUGAAUCAGGCGAUGGUUUACAUGACAGAGGAAAAUCAACUGAUACAAGUCAAAUAAAAAUCGAAAAGAAAACGCAGCAACGAUUUAAAGGAAAAUCAAAGAGUAAAUCGUAUAAUUUGAAUUUGGAAUCGAGCAUUGAAAUUAAUUUACCGUCAUCUACAUCAUUGCCCACACUUCCAAUUACGCAAAUUAUUGAUUCAGUACCAGAACCAGCUAGAAUCUUACAAUUGGAAUCGACAGAAACGCAAACAGAUGUAAUUGCAACAAAAUCAAUAACAAAACCAUCGAUUUUAGUUGAAGAAACACCACCAGCUGCAUCAAAGUUAGCCACACAAUCGGGUUCCGAACGAAACAAACAAACUACUCAUGAUAGCAUUCAAGAAACAUCACCAGCGAGUAGUGUUGCAUCUGCCAAAGUACGUUUGGAAUGGGAUUCGAUGGCGGACAUUGGUUAUAAUCGAAUCAUCGAUUUUAAAUCACAAAGCAAUAGCAAUUUAACAACAUUUGAACGUAGUGCACUAACCAAAUUCUUUGCUAAACGCGGAUUGAAUUUUGAUGAUAAUUUACUCAUACUUGCACCUCCCGAAUGCAAGUCCAAAAGUCCACUUCAAAAACGAGAAUUCACACAAUCGGCUAUUGAAAUGCGUGAUGCACAAAAAAUACGAAAGGAUACACCAAAUUUAUCACCGGCAACAAGCAAACGAUUGUGGGAAUCAGCGCUGGAGAAAUAUAGGGAAAAGUAUCGUCACUCAAAAGUAGAUACAGCAAAUGCGGUUGACACAACACAGUUCAUGUCAUUUUCAGCGGCUCCACAUCAUAGCACACCAUUACCGGUUGACACUGAUAACAGUAGCCAAUAUAAUAAUGAAUCCAUUAGUCGAAACAAACCAAAAUCAACCGAACUUAUUCCAAUCGAAAAACCGAAAACGGAGCAAAUUGAAAAAUGGUCACAAACAUCAUCGAUUCAUGUUGAAGCAAUUGGAAUUCAAGUUGAACAACCACAAAUUGCAUAUGCAUCGAAAUCAGUUCAAAUUGAAAUUGAACAAGUACAUGAAUCCACACAAAAAGACGACGAAGACUUAACAACAGCAACAAGUUUUGAAUUUGUAGCUCCAAAUGCAUACAAAAAUCAACAAAUAGCACCGCUGCUAGACGAAUCAACGGCCAGUGAAAUUCCCAGUCGCAUUGAGAUAAAAAAUGAUAGUAUUUAUAUUCAAGAAGAAAAUCCAGACGAUAAAGAAAACAUACCGCCAAUCGAUGAUAAAGAAAAUAUUCCGCCGCCUCCACUGCAUGCAAUGCAUCGAAACGAUCCAAAACCCAGUGUUUAUAAAACACCUGAGAAUGCAGUUGAAAAACGAAACGAAUCAUGUGUGCUACCAAACGAUUUACAAAAAGGUGUCGAUUUGAUUAAUGCACUAAUUGAUUCUCGUACAACUGAUGGCGUAACAAAGAAAAAGCUUAUACGAAAAAUCGUACGGCAUUUGCUUAAAUCGAGAGACACCAAAGACAUAACACAAAUGAUUAUGUCUUAUUCGGAUAAAUCGAGUACAAAAAUCUCCGGUGUUAGCUCAAUGGAAGACAGCGAACAAUCCGAAAUUGAAAGAGCUGUAAAAGAUACCAUUUCUGGCAUUUCUGCUCUGAGUUCGUCAUCAAGUUUAGAUUCCGUUCAAUCAAAUCAAUUGCCAGUGAAUAACGAAAAAAUUGAAGGUGGAAGUGAAAAAAGGGCGGAAGAUGUGAAAAGAAAAGAAAUGGAGAACAAAAAUGAAGAGAGAAAAGAAGAAGAUUUAAUUCAUUCGGAGGUAAAAAAAGGUUCGAACGACGAGAAAGAAGUUAAAGACUGGUUACUACCCAUUACACAGUCUGAAAUUGAAAAAGAAAUCGCACGAAAAACGCAAAUAAUCGAAUCCAUUGAAUCAAAAGACAUUCCAAGCGUUCAACGUGUCACAGAGCCAAUGAAAAUCGUUGAAAAACCAACGAAAAAUAAUGAAAUUUUUGAAUUUUUGGAGCAUGAGAAAAAGACGCAUUUCAAUUGGAUCGAUCAAGAGAUCGAACAUCUGAAAAACUUAAAAGUACUUUUACAGAAUCUUAACACGAACGACAGUGAUGAGAGCAAAGGAAAUGUUUCAGAUGAAAAGAUCAAUUCGGUUUAUGCCAAACAUAACCGCGAAUAUUUGACCAUCUAUGAGAAUUUUCGACGUAAUGCCAAACAUUCGAGUGUUAAUGGAUCACAAGCCGAUGUGUCCAGCACAUUAAUAGAUUCAUCCAAAUCAACGGAGGAUAGUUCACAUUUUAUAAAUCAUGGAAAGAUGGGAAGCAAAAGCCAUUGGAUACAUAAGACCACCCUCGAAUCGCCACCAUCAACAAUUUCAUCGGGUUCAAAGGAACAGCGCCCGAGCAGAGAAUCGGCAAAACUACCAGUCAAAUUGAAAGAACCGCACAAAAAUCCCGAGUGGGAUUCACAUUUAAAUAUGCAGUUGGCGAAAAAUCGAACAAAAUUGAAGACACCAAAUUCGGAUGAAGAAAGCAUUGAACAAGGUAUUGAAGCAUAUGCAAAGGCAUGUCGCGCAAAAUUUGAUCGAAAAUAUGCACAAACACAGGUGGAACGCACCAAGAAACUUAUGAGCAAUAAGAAUACGCAAGAUCAACCGAUAUACACUAAGCCGUACAGCUCUGAUUCAUACUCUGACAUUCAGAAUAUUCAGCGAAUGAACAAAAAUCGUAUGAAAGCGAAGCAAAACGAUGCAUACACAUCAGUGUCUGGAAGCGAUGGAUUCUUAUCGCCAAAUUCAAUUUCAAUUGGUGUCGCCGCCAAUUCGACAUCAAACACCACCACUCAUCAAUAUGAUUCAAAAAUUUCGAUUGGCCUACAAACGACCAACACUUUGAAACGAAUGCCAAUCAUUCAACUGAAGAAAGCCGUCGACGAACCUACAGAAAAUGAACCCGAGUCUCAAGAACAACCAACGGUUCGUGUGAAAAAAUUAAUGAUGAACAAGCAACUUCAAGUGCGACCAGAAGCGUUGGCCUAUGUUAUUAUAUUUCAAGAAAAUCAAAACGAUGAUCACAAUGCAAAUACGAAAGCAACGAAUGGGAAAGAAUGUGGCAACCAAUUGUAUGCAAACACAAAUAAAAUGCAGUCGACAAACCGUAAUUCAGAUAGCAGCGAUUUGAAAACUGCUACAAAUAACCAACGAUCAGUGGGCCAAGAACAAACGACCCGGUUCAGGGGGCAAAACAGUAGCAACGAUUCAUCCAUCGUUUCAGCUGAUGAUAAUUUAACGUUACAAGAAUACUUGCAGACCCGACGACCAGACUUUUAUGCAAAUGCGGAACAACGUCGAAAAUGCUUGAACGAUUUGCAUAAUUUGAGACAACAACGGAACGAGCAACGAAAAAAAUUAUUUGCUACAAACAUUUGUACCAACGCCAAAACUCUGAAUAGGAAUAUGAAACGACUACUACCGCCACCACCGUUAGCUCAAAUGCGAAUUUUCAAAUCGAGAGAUAUCAUAAGCCAAACUCGACGGAAAUAUAAAAAAUUACCUGAAAUCCUUAAGCGCCAACAAAUGGAACGAGAAACGAAAAUUCGACGAAAUCAUCGAAUACUCGUCAACAUGUUCAGCAAGAAUCUCCAAAAGCACGUACUGAGAGGAAAAACCGAUCUAUCGAACAGUAUGAUGAUCAACUAACAUUUGCAUAUUAUGUUAAUAAUAUCAUGUUUUGUUUUGUUUUGUGCUUAUUAUUAUUGUUACUUCACUCUCAUUUUAAAUAAAGACUAUUUUCAAAUGGAA